AUGUCACUUGUUGCAGAUUAUAAUUCAGAUUCCUCGUUAAGUGAGGAAGAUACAAAAGUAGAAGAACCUGUUGCUGAGAAAGCGUCACUACAUUCUACACUAAAAAGCAAAAGAGGAGGACCGGUAAAAAUCGUAGUUGACCUUCCAAAACAUGAUCAUGAUAUCGAAGAAGAAAUAGAACCUAAAAGGCAAAAAUUAAAUAGAUCUAAUAGUAGUUUGUCAGCAAUUUUGCCAUCGCCAAAAAGAUCAAUAAAAUCAGUAAAGAAGGACAAUAAAAAAAGUGAUACUAACAAGCCAGCGGGAAUUACAGACUUUGUGCCUCACACAGUUAAUAAACCGAAAUUAGCAACUAUCGAAAAAAAAUUGAAAAUCGACGAACAUACAAAUGAAUAUAUAGAUUAUUAUGGAACAAACACUAACGAUCAAGAAUAUUUUAACAAUGAAUCAUGUCAAUAUAAUCAAGAAAGUGAACAAAUACAAUCAAAUUGGGAACCAGAUGAAGAAGUGAUUAAAGAAAUCAAUGCCGCUGAUCAAAUGGCAGGUGCAUGGCAAUCACAAAUUACCGAUAUAUCAAAACCUACCAAAGGAUCAACUUAUCAAGCCAAUGCUAUGGAAAAUGAUUUGAAAGAACAACAUGCAACUAAUAAAAAAACCAAGAGAGAAACUCAGGCAAAAUAUGUGGAAGAUAUUUGGUAA